GCACAAAUUACAUAUGUCAACUUUAUGCAUUUGAAAUGCAGAUAAAAACGUUCUUGUACGUUUAAUUUUUAUUUAUUAGACAAAAAUUAUAAAAUUUUAAAACGUGUUAAAUGUGAGAGGCAAUUGUUAUUUAAAUACUCGGACUUAGAUAUUAAUAAAAAGAAACAUGUCGAGACAUAGGAAUGUUCGGUCUAUGAAUUACAAGGAUGAGUAUGAUGGUUACGAUGAUGUCUAUGGUCAUUCUGUAGAAGAUGACUCCUGUAUUUCUCCAAGUGAUGCUGCACAAUGGAUAUACGACAGGAAUAACAGAAGUGGUGUCCAGCAUGGAAUCGGGAGCUAUCUAGAUGCUGAUAAAGAUAUCCCUGAAGAAAAUGAAGAGGAAGAUGAGGUGGAGUUUGGACGAAGGGAUUCAGUGGAUUUACCACAAUUAUCUUCAGUAGAAAAGGCAAAGUUAGCUUCCUGUCUUGAAGAAAUAAAGAAUGUCAUCGGUGAAACUAUUCCAGAGCGAAGUAUUGUUGAAAUAAUUAUCAAGCAUGAUUUUGAUUUGGCAAAAUCACUUGACGAAGCUCUGAAUAGCAAUAAUAGCUCCAAGGAGGAUUUUAGUAAAAAAGGAACCAGUGAUAAAGGAAAAUUUGAAACAGAUGUCAACAUAAAGUUUUCCCAACAAAUUCUGCAGGAUGCCAAUCGUGGCUCGGGUGAUGUCACAAAAGUUAUUACUCAGGCGAAGGGAAAUGUUGUUAAAGGAUUUUUAGCUCCUACUAUUACUCAAGAACAGGUGAAAAGUUCUUUAUCAAUUACUCCAAGAAGUACAUCACCAGUAGAUGAUAAGGAAAAUGGCUGUGAUAUUACCACUACAAAUAGUGGUAGAAAUACACCCCUGUCCGAACAACCACCUCAAUUAGAAGACUCAAAUCAAAUCAAAUCUCAAUUAGCUCAUAAAGAAAAAAAUAAAUUUAAUGUCCAGGAGCAAUAUGAAAAAGAUAGAGGCUCCAGUAAGGAGCAGAUACAUGUUGUGGUCAUUGGACAUGUUGAUGCUGGUAAAUCAACUUUAAUGGGACAUUUAUUAUAUUCACUUGGUGAAGUCUCGCAGAGAACUAUGCAUAAGUAUGAACAGGAAUGUAAAAAACUUGGCAAACAGUCUUUCCAUUAUGCUUGGGUUAUGGACGAGACUGCUGAAGAAAGGUCUCGUGGUGUAACAACAGAUGUUGCUGUUGCUAGACUAAGGCCAGAUGAAUCCAGAAAAAAGGCAAUAACCCUUUUGGAUGCACCAGGACAUCGUGAUUUUAUUCCAAGGAUGAUAGCUGGUGCAGCUCGAGCUGAUGCAGCUGUUAUGGUCCUGGAUGCAGCCACUGGAGAAUUUGAAGCUGGUUUUGAACAAGGAGGACAAACCAGAGAACACGGACUGCUAGUUAGAUCUUUAGGUGUGAGCCAAAUGGCAGUAGUAGUCAAUAAACUGGACAUGGUUGAUUGGUCAGAGGAACGAUUUUUAGAAAUCUCUAACAAAAUGAGAACUUUUCUGAAACAGGCUGGUUACAGGGAAAGUGAUGUCACUUUUAUACCUUGUUCUGGAUUGACUGGUGAGAAUCUUAUAGAACCACCAAAGAAUGAGAAAUUGCUCUCCUGGUAUAAAGGACUUAGCUUGAUUCAAGUUAUAGAUUCUUUUAAAACGCCGCAACGUUCUAUUGACAAAACCUUCCGCAUGUCUUGUCAUGAUGUCUAUAGGGGCACUGGUUCCAGUGCUUUGUGUUUAGCAGGCAGAGUCGAAUCAGGUUCUGUCAGUGUCGGAGAUAAAAUUGUGGUUUGUCCAAGUAAAGAACUUGCCACUGUUAAAAGCAUUGCUCUGGAUGAUUGUGAACCGAUUACCAAUUCUUAUGCAGAUAAUUUCCAACGUUUGGAGGCAAUUGCCAAUAUUGGCAGACAAUUGCCAACUUUUGCAGGCAAUUUCCAAUAUUGGCAGUCAAUUGAUUGCCAACGUUUGCAGACAAUUUUCAAUAUUGGCAGACAGUUGCCAACGUUUGCAGACAAUUUUCAACAUUGGCAGACAAUUGCCAACGUUUGCAGACAAUUUCCAACACAAUUUCCAACAUUGGCAGACAAUUGCCAACGUUUGCAGACAAUUGCCAACGUUUACAGACAAUUGCCAACGUUUGCAGACAAUUUUCAGUAUUUGCAGACAAUUGCUAAUGUUGGUAGAAAACUGGCAACAUUGGCAGCCAAUUUGUCGCCAACAUUGGCAGCCAAUUUGUCGCCAACAUUGGCAGCCAAUUUGUCGCCAACAUUGGCAGCCAAUUAG